UCUCCUUCACGUGUUUUCCAAAAUUUUCGUGCUUUUUGCUUUGUUUCUUGCGAAAAAGCUUAGCUUUGAAUGACCCUACGUUUGAUGAUAUGAUUCUACUGUUCAAAAUUGAUACUUUGCCUGAGCUCCCAUCAUUUCUUGUUUGUGGUUUAUUCAAAAAUCACCACUUAUUAGCAAAACCCCUGAAUUCGAAUCAGUUAACUCUGUAAAGUUCAUCCCUUUUCUUCUUGAUUUGAUUUGGGUUUUAGAAAGGAAUCUGGAAAUGGCGGUGUCGCUUUUAUCGAAGUUAAGGUGUAUAACAGUAGAUGUUACUGGUACACUCAUAGCAUAUAAAGGAGAGCUUGGCGAUUACUAUUGUAUGGCUGCUAAAGCCAUUGGUUUGCCUUGUCCUGAUUAUAAACGAGUUCAUGAAGGUUUUAAGAUAGCUUAUACAGAUAUGGCACGGAACUAUCCUUGUUUUGGUUUUCAUGCCAAAAUGCCAAACAUUGUUUGGUGGAAAACUUGUGUGAGAGAUUCCUUUGUCAAGGCAGGAUAUGAUUAUGAUGAGGAGACAUUUGAGAAGAUUUUUAGGCGAAUCUAUUCGACGUUUGGUUCAGCUGCACCUUACUCUGUGUUUCAAGAUUCUCGACCGUUUUUAAGAUGGGCACGCAGUAAAGGGCUUAUAAUUGGACUUGUUAGCAAUGCGGAAUACCGAUAUCAAGAAGUUAUUUUACCUGCCUUAGGUUUGAACAAGGCAGAAUGGGAUUUUGGUGUGUUCUCUGGAAUUGAAGGGAUAGAGAAACCGGAUCCAAGGAUUUACAAGCUCGCGCUAGAGAGAGCGGGGAAUAUUGCACCUGAAGAUGUUUUGCAUAUUGGAGACAGUAUGCGCAAAGAUUAUGUUCCGGCGAAGAGUAUAGGGAUGCAUGCUUUGUUGCUUGACAGGUUUAAGACAGAAGCUGCUAAAGACUGGACUGACGCUGGAGCUAUUGUGCUUCCUGAUUUGGUAGCUGUUCAACAACUUUUGGAGUCUGAUAAGCUGAAAUGUUAAAAAUGAGACAUCUCUUAAGUAUGAAAUCUAAUGUAUUGUAGUAUUGUUCUCUCA